AUGGAACUUGAACUUGUCUGUCGAUCAAUUACUAACCAAACAGAACCCGAUGUUGUAGGCGUUGUCGGACCAUCAAGUUCAACUAAUGCGCGCUAUCUUGGCCCAUUUGCUGCACGUAUAGGUUUGCCACUUGUUUCUUAUGCUGCAACUAAUGCUGAUCUUGACGAUACAUUUACCUAUCAAACAUUCUAUCGUACUAUACCUUCGGAUACUCUUCUAGCUCAUGCUGUUGUGCAAUUGUUCAAAUACUUUUCAUGGACAACUUGUACAAUAAUUAUUGGAAAAGAUGAUUAUGGUUAUGGUGCAUUGAAAAUAUUAUCAGAACUUUAUUAUUCAAAUUUGUCACUUCAAGAGCGAUUAAUAUUUGAUCCACGGUUUGAUCAAUUUCACGCUCAUUUAAAGCCAACAUUAGAAAGAAGUCGAUCUCGUAUUGUAUUAGUUUGGGCUAAUCAAAGCUCUACUACAAGAAUUAUUCAACAUGCACUUAAAGCAGAACUUCUCGGCGGAAACUACGUAUGGGUAACGACAAAUAAGAUUGAUUUCAAUGUAUUCAAACAAAAUGAUUGGUUUAAAUUAAAAGGUAUUCUUACUGUAGUACCUACCAUAGGUAAUAGCAGUAUCUUUGGUGUUAAUGAAACAUUACAAAAAGAAGCUUUUGAUACAUGGCGUAACUUGUCAAAUGACGGCACCCAAGUUCCAAAACAUUUAUCUGCUGUCAGUCCAUUUGCCAUGUAUACAUUUGAUGCUGUUUGGGCUAUGAUUCAAGCAUUAAACAAAUCAACGCUUGAUAAAAAAUCGCCAUCAAUGCAAAAAUCAUCUACAUGCUUUGAUAGUUUAUUGCAAAACCAUACCGAGUAUCUUAUGUAUCUGAACCAGACUCUUUUUUUCGGUGUGUCAGGAAUUAUUCAUUUUUCUAAAGAUAAUUUACAUGAACGCACUCAUGGUACCAUGUAUACUCUCUACAAUGUGCAAGAUAUAGAACAGAAAUCUGAUAAAGUAAGACGAGUACCAAACUAUAAACAAAUAAUGACAUGGUAUGAGACAAGUCAUAAUUGGAUGAACUACUCGGAUCAAGACAACAUUAAUAUCAUUUGGCCCAACAAUCAAUCAGAAAAAGUACCUACUGAUUAUCCACAACUUCGAGGUUUGGAAAAAGUUAAUUAA